CUUUGAACACCGUGAUUGAUGAUUGACUCCGGAUCCAAUGAUUUGACGUGCACUUCAAUGGAACAUUGCAAUGCUUCAAUUCAUUGGCUGAUCUGCAAGUGCCAACUGGCAGUAUAUAGAGCCAGAAAAAUGAUGUUCCAUCAUCCCCGAGUCCAAGGCUCUGCUGCUCCAAAGUCUUUUCCACUGCUCCAAAGUCUUUUCUGCUGCUCCGAAGUCUUAACAUGGACUUCACCCCAGUCAAUGAAUAUGGUCCAAGGUUGUGUCAACGUUGUAAUGUCCAAUUUGACGUGUCAGUGACUUUUGAAUAUAUUCACAGCAAGGAUGGUUCAGGUCGAGCAUGCUGUCCUCCCUGUGCAAAACAUUAUAUUGAUCGCAAAGCUGCGGAGCUGGCGCAAAACAAUGCUGUGCAUGGUAUGGGUAAUAACCAGCACUCAGGCAUAGAUUUUACAAGCAUGGGAGCAUCAAGGGAGGCCCUCGUUAAAGCUACAUCAGCGGCACAACGGGGCGAACGAUUGUUCCCAAGCCAGCACUUCAGUUCUGGGUCACCACAGAUGCCCGGCAAUCCAGGACAAAUGCUUCCACCUCCUGCUCUGGUUUCGUCCUAUAACUCACUAUGUCAUUCAAAUGGCUAUACAGCCAACCAUCAAUUCCACCACCAACACUGUAGCAAGAUGCUUCGUGCAGCAUCAUCCAGUCAAGGCAAGUCAAGCACUUUGCUCGUUGGGAACAUUGAACGAGACAUGCGUGUAUCGUUGUCUACCACACAAACAGAACUUCGCUUGGAUAUAAUCCGGCAUCUCCAGUCACCAUGGACAGAAUGGUCACGCAAACAUUCUCUCACCCUUGAGAGUCUCGAGAUGCAUAAAUCACCCAUGAUGCUUCUCUUUGACCCGAGGCAGCCAUUGUAUGAUCCUGACGCAGUGGUACUUCAUGAUUUCUUCCUUCGCUCUACAACCAAAGAUUUGGUCCCAAAAUUCUAUGCCAGCACAAAGGUUGCUAUUCUUCUCAUUAUGACACACGCACAGUAUGAAAGUGUCCAACUCUGGAGGGAGCAAAUUGAUGAGUUGCGCCAUGAUGAUGCCACUGAGAUGAAGGACAUACAGACAAAUUUGCACACAUCACCACCUGUCUAUGCAACUGAUGAGGCAAGCAACACUACGCACUCUGAGUUACCAAGUCGACACCCGAAGAAGCCACGCAGCCCCAGUCACACUACCAGUAGCCCGACUAGCAGCCAAGCCCACAAACGUGUUAAGGAGAAUGAUCAUAGUACUACUUACCAAACGCAGGGCAUUGAGACUAACGACUCGGAGCAGGAUCCAGAACAGUCUACCACCUCUCAAUCUCUGUUGUCGAUGUCGAUGUCGAUGUCGGCAGUAGAGACGCAUCUCCCCAGUCGCAUCAGUAGCCUGUUACCUGCAACUCCACGGCUUUUCCUACCCAGUCAACAACAACUCGAGGCUGCCACGAAAGCUCAGGGAAGCAUCCGAAAACAAGCUUCAGCCGUUUGCAAGUACAACUCGAACACGUUCCGAGUGUACCAAAUUCGCUCCGUCAAGUUUCAAGACAUCAUCACAACUCCACUCAACGUCACGUCCUCCCCUUUCGACCUUGUCUCAAUCUCCAUAGACUCCGAUGCAAAGUCAAUGAUAGGUACUGCCGGAAGCUUCAAAACAUGCCAUCCGGCUCUUUUGCAUACUACUUCAUUGAGCGCUACACCUGGGCCAUCAACUUCGCAAUCUUCCAUUUUCACAGCAACGCACGUCGUAGCCAAGCGUGUCUUUUUCCGAAAACGUGACGGGAACUCCAAGCGUCAAAGGUUUUCCAAAGAAGAUGAACUUGGGAGGACGCUCGAUGAGGCCAACUGCCUAUACUGGGCUACCUGUUUGAUGUCUCUCGUCUACAUUUUUGUUGACGAAAUGCUUCAGACGCAGACUGUAAAGCAGACUGUUGCAAACGAGAUCCCUCGCCUCCGACUCGUCUAUGCUGCAGUUGCUAUCCCCGAAGACGUUUCGGACCGCGCUGGAGCAGCAUACCUAUUAGAAGAAAGAAUUGAGGGCAAGUUUAUCAAGUAUAUUAACAACAAUUCUGCUGCUCCUGCUCAUCAUCUACGGGGCAAAGAGGAAAAAAUAGGGUUGUUUCUAUGCUUUGCCCAGCACGUGCAAUAUCAGCUCACAAAUGAAGUCGUGUAUCUGUCUGAUUUCCAAGGUUCUGGGGACCUCCUCACUGACUGUCAAGUUAUGACAGGACCUGACUACAUGACUAACUUCGGUGAAGGAAAUUACACCGAGGCAUUUCGCACAUUCAAAACAACUCAUAAAUGCAACGUCUUUUGUCGAGCAUUUGGUUUGCAGCCCUUCAUCAUAGCUGAGCAAGGCUCUGUAUAUACCACUAUUUUGAAUGUGUAUCCUUAA